UUUGUGCACAGGUUUGACCACAGAGAAGUGAGCGUUCCCUUUAAGCAGGAGGACGAGCUGAUAUUGGAAGUUGUAGUUGAUCAUUAACAGGGAGUUGAUUUAUGUUGCUCAGUGCUGCAGCCAGGCAGCAUUUCACAUCCCUCCAGCAGUCAGUGACUCAAAGUAUCUGCCGCUUUUUCCAGUUCAGCGAUGCAGCCGCACCUCAAAUCUCAGUGCAGACGGGACCGUCUCCUCUCUGAGGGGUCAGCGGGUCAGCAUCACCUCGGGUCACCCGGGUCAUCUUUGCAGUGUGCGCCAGAGCCAGAGUCGAUGUCAACGUGUCUGAGCUGCCACAAGGAAUCUGCAGAGUUCAGAGACUCACACUGUCCUGUUUGCCUGCAGACGGCCAGUUUCCCUGUCCAGACCAACUGUGGCCAUUUGUUCUGUGCUCCCUGUCUGAUCAGCUACUGGAGACACGGGUCAUGGUUGGAUGCUAUCAGCUGUCCUCUCUGCAGACAGAAGGUCAGCGUGCUGUGCCAUCUCUUUAACGAGAGUCGAUCAGACCGACAGUCGAAGGAGGUUCUCGGGGAAAUCACAAACUACAACAGACGAUAUUCUGGAGCUCCAAGACGGGUGACAGACUACCUGUGUGAUGCUCCUCUCCUCCUGCAGUUACUGGCUCGUGGCCUCGGUGCAAUGGGAGGCCUCGUGUGGCUGUUCUUCUUCAGAGUGGCUCUCUGCUGUGUGGGGACCGUGGUGUCCAUCUCUUCCUCUCCUCCCUUGGACACAGAGACCUCGUCGUUGGCCAGUCCUCUGGAGACAGACCCCUCCCUCUGUGGACUGCUGGGGGUCCUGGAUGACCUGGUGGUCGUCAUCCUGCUCCUCAUCUGCAUUAUCAGCAUCAACCGGCAAAUGGUGUCAGAGGGGGAGGGACACUCUGCGAACCCCACAGCCUCUUAACCAUUGGUGGGGAACUCACUGUAGAGACAGAUGCAGCUGUAGAGUGUCAGUACAAGCUGUUCUACAAGGACUUGUAUUGGAUUUCUUGCUUCUGGCUGCGGCUAGUUGGAUCAGUGGACGCAUGAGUAUCAGAGUAUUUAAGAGUCAAGAUGUCAAACUGUAUCUCAGCCUCUCCACUUGUGUUUACAGAGCCUUUGCUGGAGUGAAAUGAUAUCUGCAACAAGAUGUUGUGCAACACGGUGUUUCAGCUUUGCUGACAAAUCCCCAGCACUUAAAAAGGUCCAGUGUGUACAAUUUAGAAAGGGUUUAUUGAAAGAAAUUCUAUAUACUAUCCAUAAGUAUGUUGCACAAUUACUUUAAACUAAAAUCUUUUGAUUUCCUUCACCUUAAUAGAAACCUUAAACAUGACAGGGGCCUUACUUUACAGAGGCUGCCAUCUUGCAUCACCUCAUUUCGUUUUUGUAUAUAUUAGAUAGACAUUUGAUACUGAAACAAUAGUUUUUAAACCGCCCCCAUCUUAAAAACUGUCCAAAGCUUCAUUUCACUCCUUAACCUGGGCUACAAUUAUGUCACACAAAAAAUGUGAGUCAAUGCAGUCAAAAUAAUUUGCCUUUUUACAGUGUGAAUUUCAUGUUAUGUGUAAAUAAAGAAUAUUUAUUGCUUUAA